ACCACGGGCCGCGUUCGAGCCGCCGCCGUUGCCGCGGAGCUGGUCCGCGCCACCGCCGUCGCCGCAGACUGGAUCCGCGCCGCCGCCGCCGCCGCGAACCGGAUCCGCGCCGCCGCCGUCGCCAACCUUGUCGCCUCCACCGUCACCGGCCUCAAUCGCGCCACCGCCACCGUCUUCAACUUCCAUCGCCAUAGAAACGAGAAACGGGAAAAACCCGACCUAACGAGACUAGCCCGACUACUAUACUAAACUAGGGGAGGGGGACGACCCCUCUCCCUCCCGUCACCGGCGACAAGGCCGCCGGAAUCGAGGAGGAAGAGGGGUCGAGAAAGGGGAAUUUUACUGUAGCAGGCGAGGGAGGGUUCGAGAGAGAGAGAGUCACCCGGUCUCAAGCCCUAGAUUUAUUUCAUUCAUCACUUCUUCUCUACCGAGCACAAGUCCAUUGCAUUGUACAAGAUGACCAAUACAUAUUUUUUCACUCCAAUAUAACCUACAUACGGAGUAUUUGUUUUUUACAAGAUGACCAUUAUGACGUCUAUAUUACGGAGUACUACUGUGAGUGUGUGACAGCUCAUAGCCGUUGCUACUGCAUUCACUCCAGUGAGUUUAAAAAAUUCAGAAUUGUUUCGUUCGAAAAACUAUUCAGAAAUCAGAUCCGACCGUUACGCUGUAAAGCCGCGAGCUUUCGAAACCGAGCCAAACAAACACCUCCGACAUUGCCGCCCCGCGGCGCACCACCACCACUCCCCAGCCAAAUCUCACGCCGCCGCCCAGCCAUGGCGACGCCCGGCCUCGACGACGACUCGCUGCAGCAGCUGCGCAGCCGCGCGACGCAGCUGCUGCUCAAGGAGAACUGGACGGAGUACAUCGCCGUGUGCUCCCUCAUCAUCGAGGCGUUCGACGCCGCCGCCGCCUGCAAAGACCGCCGCGUCCUCUGCUCCACCCUCGCCCACCGCGCCGACGCCCGCGCCCGCCUCGGCGACGCCCCCGGCGCGCUCGCCGACUGCGACGCCGCGCUGGCGGCCGACCCGGCGCACCCCGGGGCGUUGCUGUCCAAGGGCGCCGUCCUGCGCGGCCUCGGCCGGUACUCGCGCGCCGCCGAGUGCUUCCGCGCGGCGCUCGCCGUGAGCGGCACCGACGAGGUCCGGGAGAUGGUCGAGCAGUGUAAGCGCCUGGACGCGCAGGCGAGGAGCGGCGCGGUGGAUCUGUCGGAGUGGGUGCUCGCCGGGUUCUCCGGGAAGUGCCCAGACCUCGCGGAGCACGUCGGGGCGGUGGAGGUGCGCCGGUCCGCGCACGGCGGCCGAGGGGUGUUCGCGGUGAAGAACAUCGAGGCGGGAGCUAACCUGGUGAUCUCCAAGGCGGUGGCGAUCGGAAGGGGAGUAAUUCCGGACGCCGCCGAUAGCGGCGAGAAGAUGGUGGUGUGGAAGGACCUCGUCGACAAGGUGCUCGACGCCGCCGAGAAGUGCCCGAGGACGGCAUCUCUCAUCUACACUCUCUCCACCGGCGAGGAGCCAGAAGACGAGCUCCCCAUCCCGGACAUGGCACAUUUCAAGCAAGAAACGGAGGAGCUCGAUGACGGCACGGCCAUGGCGCCGAAGGCAUCUCUUGAUGUGGACAAGAUCUUGAAAGUGCUCGACGUCAAUUGCUUGACCGAGGACGCAGCGCCAUCCGCCAAUCUGCUCGGCAGCAAUGGCGUCGUCAACUGCGGCGUCGGGCUGUGGAUCUUGCCGGCGUUCAUCAACCACUCGUGCCACCCCAACGCCCGGCGCACCCACGUCGGCGACCACGCCAUUGUCCACGCGUCAAGGGACAUCAAAGCCGGGGAGGAGAUCACAUUCGCCUACUUCGACGUGCUCACCCCGGCGAGCAAGCGCAGGGAGGCAGCGAGAGCGUGGGGCCUCGAAUGCCAAUGCGAUCGGUGCAGGUUCGAAGCCAGCGACGCCAUUGUUGGGCAAGAACUCACAAAACUUGAGAACGAAUUGGUCAAUGGCCGAGGAGGAGACAUGGGAGCACUGGUGGUGAGGCUGGAGGAGAGGAUGAGAAAGUCCAUGGUGAAGGAGAGGAGGAAGGCGUUCUUGCGCGCGUCGUUCUGGAGCGCGUACUCCGCGCUGUUCGACUCCGACAAGCUGGUGAGGAAGUGGGGGAGGCGCGUCCCCGGUGAGGCCGCCGUCGCAGAGAGCGUCGCCGGCGCAAUCGGCGGGAACGAGAGCGUGCUGAGGGCAAUGCUGAGGGGUGCCGACAAUGGCAACGGCUGCGGCAAUCGGCUCGAGGUGGAAGACAAGGUGGUGAGGAUUGGGAGGGCUACCUAUGGCAGGGUAGUGAAGAGGCAGGCAAUGAGAGCUCUCUUCAGACUUACAUUGGAUGCUGACAGUAACAAAAGCCUGUAGGUUUUGAUACUCUUGAUUGAUUGUUUAUUUAGUUACCUAGUAUCUUCAGUAACAGAUGAGAGAUUUAUUCAGCAAAUGCUCCGGUUUGCUCGAAGGUUGUAAUAAGAGUGUGGGCAAGAAUCAAGGUCAAUCCAUAAGAGCACUAUUUUCAUGCUCUUCUGAUCUUGGUUUCAGACUUGUUUCAGUGUUGACAUUGGUUAUUUCUCAAUUCAUUCGAGUAUUUGUUGUUACAUCACAAAGGAUAAGUUCUAUAGAAAAAAUCUUCCUUUUCAA